AUGACUGGUUGCCUAAAUGGAGGAUCUUGCUUGUUAGACAAGAUAAAGGAAACGUUUGUCUGCUGGACAAAGAUGCGAAGUAAACUCGAGUGAACCUUUACUUAGUUUUCGGGUUUUCUGUUUUAUUAUUAUUAAUUCAAUCUUUUUUCAUGACCAAAAAAAAUUUUUACAUAACAAAAAAAAUUUUUUAUGUCGUUACUUCAAGCUUUUUAAUGCUGAUUUUAUUUCUUAUAUUUGUUACCAAGCUCCCGGGUCGACCCGUUCGCGACGCUUCCUUAUAUGGCCUCCAGUGCCGCAUAUGUUCCUGGGAGGGUUUGAAUUUUAGCUCUUUUGUCUUGAACAGGAUAUUGGAAUUAUCACGAAAACGCUUCACAAGGACACGAAAGCACUUAGCAAGUGACAUUUUUGCAACUAGGGAGUUCAUGACGCCACGACAGCGAGGACAACGAGAACGGCAAAAAGACAAUAGGCUGAAUAGGCAAAACAACAACUCGCUUUAAUUUUUGUUCAUUUCGAUUUUUUUUGCCGUCUAUGCACGACUACGACGAAUUACUACGACGUGAGACUUGGCUUGCAUUAAAAUAAUUAAGCGAGCUGGAAUAAUCGCGAUAGAGAUUGAAAAAUUAGGAAUUCAGUAUUUAAGGGACGUUUUCGUGUCCGUCGCCGUUCUUGCUAUCCUAAACUCCCUAGUAUCGCCUCCAUGAAGCGUCUUUCAAGCUCUCCUCAAGAUGGAGCCAAAGUAACGAUUGAGGAGAGAGGAGGAGUUUUUCUAUCCCCUAUUCUUCUCCCGGCCAAAUUUUCUGCUUAGCUUUCAAAGAGUCGCUUCCUAAGGGGUCCUUUGCUAUCAAAUAAUUUUACAGUAGAACCCCGGUAACUCGAACUCUGAAGAGAAACGAAAAACAGUUCGAGUUAGCGGAGAAUUCGAGUUAUCGGAGAAAAUUUCAGUGAAAUUUUGAUCAAGGGAGAGGAAAUUUAGUUCGAGUUAGCGGGGAAUUCGAGUUAUCCCAGUUCGAGUUAUUGAGGUACUACUGUAUUUCUGUGGCUCCGAUACCAUUUUUCAUUGCCUUGAAGUUAUCUUUCGUUAUUGUUUACUUCUUCUCGCUUCAAGGAUGUCCAUCUGGCUGGGUUACAUUUGGUGAUUCAUGCUUUUACCUGAACGGUACAGAACAACAAGUCCAGAGCGACGCGCACAAGGCAUGCCAGACUAUGGGUGGAGACCUCCCAAUAAUCAAAUCAGCCGCUGCAGACAAAUUUAUAUUCGAACUUAUAAAAAAUGGUAAUACAGUCACACCAUUUGGUGCGUGGCUUGGGUUAGAACGAGUUAUGGUUAACGCAACCAAGUUCCGUUGGAUUGACGGUACUCCACUGGAGGGAAAGUAUGAGAAUUGGUUUGACAGGGAACCUAAC